UGUCCAUGUAUCUUGCAGGUGUCGGGUACCGACAAGAAUCCGGGAAGAAAGUUUUACUGUUGUCGAUACUGGAAGGAUUCAAAAGUAAAGUGCAAGUUCUUCGUGUGGGUUGAUGAGUACGAACCCAAAAUUUGGAAGGAAUCAGAGGACGAGCUGAAGACCAAACUGAUUGAAAUGGAGGAGUGCUGUAGGAUUGCUCGGAUGAAGGCAGAAAGGAGGAAAAAGGCUAAAAAUUUGCUUUUAGAAGAACUGAUCAGUACCAAGGAGGAGCACGCAAGAAUGGAA